CGGGCAUGGAGGAGAAGGAAAGAGGAGGAGUGCAAGGAGGAUAGAGGAGGGCGGCGGGUGUAGAGUGAGGCGGGCUCACUGUGUAGGAAUGUGUGGGGCUGAGCGGACAUACACCCGGUACACCCAGCUCUCCGCCCCAAUGAACCACUAAGUUUCCUCCGGCCGGUGCCGCACCAUCCCGGUUAUCCGUGCCCCGCCGGCGCCUAUUUCUGGACUGCUGUCUUGGUUGCCUAUUAAGGGAUUUACAAGGAGCAGACGGCCGGGAGCCAGCAGCGGGUUGUCACCGUCCUCCUCCUCUUCAGCAUGGGGCUGCAGCCCUUGGAGUUCAGUGACUGCUACCUGGACAGCCCGUGGCUCCGGGAGAGGAUCCGUGCCCAUGAGGCGGAGCUGGACAGAACCAACAAGUUCAUCAAGGACUUGGUCAAGGAUGGAAAGAACCUCAUAGCGGCCACCAAGAGUCUGUCCUCUGCUCAGAGGAAGUUUGCCCAUUCACUAAGGGAUUUCAAGUUUGAGUUCAUUGGCGAUGCGGAGACUGAUGACGAGAGAUGUAUUGAUGCAUCUUUACAGGAGUUUUCACAUUUUUUACGAAAUCUUGAAGAGCAGAGGGAGAUAAUGGCACUUAGUGUGACUGAGACACUCAUCAAACCUUUGGAGCGAUUUCGGAAAGAACAGCUUGGAGCUGUUAAGGAAGAAAAGAAGAAGUUUGAUAAGGAAACUGACAAGAACUACAGCAACCUAGAUAAACACCUGAGCAUGUCCUCCAAGAAGAAGGAGCCACAUUUACAAGAAGCAGAUGUCCAAGUGGAGCAGAAUCGCCAGCAUUUUUACGAGCUGUCAUUAGAAUAUAUAUGUAAACUGCAAGAAAUCCAGGAGCGGAAAAAAUUUGAAUUUGUGGAACCUAUGCUGGCUUUUUUCCAAGGAAUUUUUACCUUCUACCACCAAGGAUAUGAACUUGCUAAAGAUUUUAACCACUACAAACUGGAGCUGCAGAUUAACAUUCAGAAUACACGAAAUCGUUUUGAAGGGACGCGAUCAGAGGUUGAAGAACUGAUGAGGAAGAUCAGGAAAAGCCCGCAGGAGCACAAGCGAGCCAGCCCUUUUACAAUGGAAGGCUACCUCUAUGUCCAGGAGAAGCGACCUGCCCCAUUUGGUUCCAGCUGGGUAAAGCAUUACUGCAUGUAUAAGGAGAAAACUAAAACCUUUUCCAUGUUUCCAUAUGAACAUAGAUCAGGAGGGAAAAUAGGUGAAGGGGAGAAUUUUACAGUCAAGUACUGCAUAAGACGAAACACAGACACUAUAGAUAGAAGGUUCUGCUUUGAUGUGGAAGCUGUAGAAAGACCUGGACUUCUGAUUACCAUGCAAUCGUUUUCAGAAGAUGAUCGACAACUCUGGAUGGAAGUACUAGGUGGAAAAGAAUCAAGAUUUUUGAGCCUUAGCAGAUCCAUAACCAGAUCAGAGGGAGGUGCUCAGCUAGACCAACAUGGAUUUGCUGUUGUGAAACAUUGUAUCGAUGCCAUUGAAUCAAGGGGUAUUAAUGACCAAGGAUUGUACAGGGUUGUGGGGGUGAGUUCAAAGGUCCAGAGACUACUGAGUUUGUUAAUGGAUGUGAAGACUGGCUGUGAUGUUGACUUGAGCGCUGCAGGAGAAUGGGAAGUCAAGACCAUCACCAGUGCUCUAAAACUGUAUUUGAGAAGCCUGCCAGAACCACUGAUGACAUACGAGCUGCAUGAACAGUUCAUCAAUCCUGCCAAAUGCGGAAGUCCUGAGUCUCGAGUGAAUGCUAUUCAUUUUUUAGUUUACAAACUUCCUGAGAAAAAUCAAGAAAUGUUACAUCUUCUUAUUCAGCACCUGGCAACUGUUUCUACCAAUGCCAAGAAGAAUUUGAUGACCGUAGCUAAUUUGGGAGUGGUGUUUGGUCCAACACUAAUGAGGCCUCAGGAAGAAACGGUAGCAGGCAUCAUGGACCUGAAGUUUCAGAACAUUGUUGUAGAAAUACUUAUUGAAAACCAUGAAAAGAUUUUUUCAAGCCCUCCUGAUGAGUCUAUGAAUGAGCCGACUUCUCUUUCUCCUCGUGCCCCACCCAGACAGUCACGGAGACAGCGUAGCAAGAGGCCACUUGCUGUGUACAACCUCUGCCUUGAACUAGAUAAUGGGGUGGAACUUUGUGAAGACUCCGCCCUUCUACUUUCUAAACCUGAAGAUCUGCAACCUGAAGGCAAGAGCUAUGGUCUUAAAAACAUAACUGAAGGUCUCCCCCAUCAUUCAGCAGCACCAUGGUGUAUAUCAGAUGACAACAAUUCUCCAAAAGAUACACCUACUGGUAGUAUGGAUUCACUUUCACCACCUUCUUCUCUCACUCCUCUGGCUACAUGCACAAAUCCUUCCUAUGAGAAAAAUCAUCUUAUAGCAGAUGCCAGUGAAGUUUUGGAGUGGACACCCUCUGAGCCACCCGGGACUCCCUGUCCGCUGCUAUCAUGGAUGAAUAGUGAACCUUCGGCAGAAUCAUGUGAACCUACCUUUGUAGAGAUGCCUGAACCAUCUGCAGACACUGAAGGAUCUACUGCACUGGCUCCAGAUCUCCCUUCAGAGAGCAUGUCUGGAAGAAAGGCAAAAGCUGUAUAUCCAUGUGAAGCCGAACACAACUCAGAGUUAUCAUUUGAAAUAGGGGAAAUUUUUGAAGAUGAGAAGAAUGACAGAAAAUCCCCAAAUCCAGGUGUGCAAACCUUGUGGCCUCAUACCUAAGAAGACUGGAGGCUGUAAUCCCUGCCAAAGUACAUAACUCAAGAGAACCCGGAUGGUUGGAGGGAACGCUGAAUGGUAGACGAGGGCUUAUUCCGCAGAAUUAUGUUCAGUUUCUCUAACUAUAUGUAUGUGACACACAGAAGCUGUACAUGGUAUCCAUGGAUUUCCGUUCCAGUUGUGUUUAUUUGUCUUGUAUUGUGACUGCCUGAACCAUAUGCCAGACGUUAAGCUGGUAAAAGAAAAGGUCAUUAGAAAAGGACAUGCAAUAUUGCCAAACUGAAUUUAUAAAAACUGAACUGUAUUUUUUAAAACUUGUAUUGAACUGUGCUAGCUUUCAUAGCAUUUGAAUCUUAUGUCACUCAUUUUACAAUUUCAUUCCUGGCUAAAGACAGAAUUUGUCUAAUUUUAUAUGUAAAUAAAUUGUGUGAUGUAUUGCCUACUUGGCAACAAAUGUAAAACACAUAACUUGCAUGACUCACACACACCGAAUGCACCAGUUUGACACAAUGUAGCAAUUAUUUUUCACCUUUGUAGUUUUAAUGUUGCUACAGUCCUCCGUUUAGGAUUAAGGUAAGAUCACUCUCAGAAAAAAAUUACAUUUUAUACUUGUUUUUAUGUAAGUUCUCGUUUGUAAAAGUCACUGAUUUGGUUGUUGUUUGUUAUUUUUUAAGGUUUCACUUAAUGACUUGUAUUGUUUUCAAAGUAUAUUUACUACAGAAAUUAAUUUUAUCCUAAAAUAAAAUAUUUGGUCUUUUAAUAUAUUGUGUUUUAUAGAAAAAACUAAAUAAAAAACA